CGGCGCCAUGGGAGCUCCGUCGUUGCCUGCGGCCUGGCAGCUGUACCUCAAGGACCACCGCCUCUCCACGUUCAAGAACUGGCCCUUCCUGGAGGGCUGCUCCUGCACCCCGGAGCGGAUGGCCGAGGCCGGCUUCAUCCACUGCCCCACCGAGAACGAGCCUGACUUGGCUCAGUGUUUCUUUUGUUUAAAGGAGUUGGAAGGAUGGGAGCCCGAUGACAACCCCAUAGAGGAGCAUAAGAAGCAUUCAUCUGGGUGUGCAUUCCUUUCUGUCAAGAAGCAGUUUGAAGAAUUAACCCUGGGUGAAUUUUUGAAGCUGGACAGAGAAAGAGCCAAGAACAAAAUUGCCAAGGAAGCUAAUAGCAAGCUAAAAGAAUUUGGAGAAGCUGCGGAGAAAGUCCGCAACGCCAUUGAGCAGAUGGGUGCCUUGGAGUGAGUCCCUGCCACGCCACCUGACCCCACGCAGAGCGACACGCCAUGUC